CCUCUUGCUCUGCUCUUCUCUCCCCUCCCAAAGAAUAACAACCUCCAUAAGAUAUUCCAACUCUCUUUCUCUUUCUCUUUCUCUUUCUCCCUCUCUCUCUGUAUACUCCAGAGGGGCAGGGGAGGGAAUGGAAUGAACAGUCAAAUGAUGUAAUGUUCAAAGUUUGUAUUCAAAUGCAAGCAGAUUCAGAGGUUUGUACUUGAUUUGAGAGAAACCCAGUUAGUCCAUGACAAUUCUUAUGGAAGAAACCCGAGAAAGCCCAGAAACAAAAGUGCUAGAAGAUAAGAAAAAACAGGAAGAUAGCAAUGACAAGUCAUUGCCCAGAGAAACCCGAGACAUCCCAGAAAAAGAAGAGCUAGAAGAUGUGAAAAACCAGGAGGAUGAGGAUAUGAAAAUACAGGAAAAUAGCGAUGAACAGUCAUCGCCAAGAGAAACCCGAGAAAUCCCUGAAACAGAAGAGCCAGAAGAUGUGAAAAGAGAAACCCAAGAAAUCCCAGAAAGAGAGUUGCUAGAAGAUGUGAAUAAACAGGAAGAUAUAAAAAUACAGGAAGAUAGCGAUGAUGAAUCAUCGCCAAGAGGGGUUUUAGAGAUUCCGAUUUCGGGUUCAGAUUCUGAUAAUAACAGCAGUAGUUUUAGCUCUUCAUCUGGCUCAUCUUUGAAUGAAAAAUCAGCCAAUAAUGGAGCUCAUUCUGGGGAGAAUCAGGGGUUACAUUGGAGGAAUUUGAUUGAUAACAUAAAAAAGAGGUCAAUGAGAAGAUUUUCCUCCAUAACAUUACUGGCUAGGUCCGAGCUUUCAAGGAAGACUUUGAGGAAGAGACUGGAGAGGAAUCAUAGUGCUGAGGAUUCUAUUGAUUGUGAGGAUUUUUUGGUGCCAAAGCCAUCAUGGAGGAAUUUCAGCUAUGAGGAGCUUGUGGCUGCAACUGAUAAUUUCAGUCCAGGUAAAAAAAUAAAUAAAUUUGAGUUUCUUUUUUUUUUUCAAUAUUUUAAUUGCAGAGUGCCCUGUUUCUGUAUGUGAUUG